AAGUGUUAGGCAUGCGGCAGCCGACCUCUUAUAGUUGACAAAACAGUUGUGGUCAUUAACCUCUUAAUGUACAAAUUGAUUCCUCAUUAAACGACACAAUGAGUUUUACCAAUGGCCGCAUUGUAUAUUAUGAUCGGUUAAAAACUUCACUGUCGGGGCAAUGAUUGUGCCCAACCUUUACUGGUUAUUCCUAGUGUGGUCAUCCUCAAAUAUAAUUGUUACAACGUCAGCAACGUGUUCUUCCGCCUGUCUCAACGGAGGUUCUUGUGUUACUGAUGAUGGGAGUGGAGAGAGCAGGUGUAACUGUCCAGCCAGUUACAUCGGAGUUGACUGUUCUCAAGCUAUAGAGUGCAACGAUGAUAAUCAGUGCUUUGGGAAUAAGACUUGUCAAGAGUAUAAUGGCCAGAGAUAUUGUGAUUGUGGUGACGAUGCAACUGGUUUUUACUGCAAUAUGAGUGUCAGCAAAGAUCUCACAGUCUCAACGAAUGGAUUACUACAUUACUGGGGAUUUAACAGAAUUCUAUUCGGAAAUCGCUUUAUCGACAAAGUUAGCCGUAUUCAUUUUACCAGAUAUGGAGAUGCGCGUAUUUACAAAUCUGUUGACCUUGGUAAUGUUGCAAAAUUAGAUCGUGAUGGCUCAGGAGCACUGAUUUCAGCGACAAUUAAAGAUCCUUGCUUGGUAAACCCAGUACAUUGCACAGAGGGAUUAACCGUAUCAUUUUGGCUGCAGUAUUUAUCAGGAGAGAUCGUAUUGCGCAUGGGCAAUGCGGGUUUUCACGUCUUUGUUAAAGCAGGGAAAUUCUUCAUCACUUACCAAGGUGUGGACAAGAGCUGGACUAUUGAACGUAGCUGCAUCCCUAUGGGUGUCUUUCUCGUGACAGCCACGUGGAAAGAGGCAGACGGAUUGGAGUAUUACGAAAACGGGAAACUUGUCGUCUCAACCAAUAUUUCUGAUGCGAGUCAAACUCCUGGAUAUUUUGAUGAUGUCAUCACAGUCGGCUAUGAGAAAACUUCCAGCGGUGAAAGCUUUUCAAGUUUGCUCAUCGAUGACCUGAUGAUAUGGAAACGAGCACUUAAUUCUUCAGAAGUCGAACAACUGCAUAAGAAUGGAACCUCAUCUAGUGUUGGUCGUGCAUCAUGUCUGUCAUCAUCAUGUGCCUCAGGAUCCUGGUGUGCUCAAGACUACUCCGCUAAUACACGCACGUGUGUGCAGCCCACAAGCCAAGAUUGUUCUUUUGAGAAUAGUGUGUGUAAUGGUUUUGGAGAUGUCAGUGCUGCGAUAACUAGUACUGGUAAUCAGAAUGUAUUUAUGGGGAAUAUGCCCUAUUAUGAUCAUACUUCUGGAAAAUGUGAAGAUCCCACUGCGAAAUUUUUGACAUUCAGACAACUGCCUGGAGGCAGCCUCUCCUCUUCUAUUUCUCAGUUUUCUGGAGGACAAUUGUUCCGUUUACGAUUCUGGUUUUUCAUCUACGGACAGGACGAAGGAGUUUUGUCCGCUUCUAUUAAACAUGCUUCUGAAACUUUAUCAAUCUGGAACACAACUUCACGUGGUGUAAGGAACUGGCAAUAUAAACAAUUUGAAAUGAAAGUGAAUUCAUCUUUCUCGGCAAAUUUAGUGGCGUUUUUCGCUGGACCAAAUCUGGCGAUCGCUUUGGAUGAUCUUAGUCUUCAAGUUUGUGAUCCUUAUGUUCAGCCGAACGUCUCUAAUGUAACUGCCGAGGAUAAUGGUGGCGUGAAGAUCACGUGGUCACAUGGUGGUUGUUCUCACAUCUUUCCUUUUACAACCAUGGUAUAUUACCAAACAGAAUCAACAGACAGGACCGUGAACGGUUCAACAAACUGGACUCUACUAACCAACACAGAGAGCAGCUCUCAUGUAACUUAUUCAAUUCUACUUUACCCUAAUACGGUCCUCAGAAUCAAACUAAAUACACGCUACGUUGUGAAUGGUGAGGUUAUAAUCAGUGAUGAUAGCGCGGUGUUCGAUUUUCCCAUUCCAGAUUCUUUCAUAUCUUCCGUCAUCCAAGUUGAACCCUCAGGGUUGCCAAAUUCGAAUCGUGGUUUGUUGGUGAAGCGAGGGGAAAAUGUCAAACUUACAUGUCUAGUUACUUCCGUAGAAAAACCAACAAUGACAAUUACAACACCCUAUUCAUCACCUACUCCUGAGGAUGCUUCCUCGGAAGGCGCAAAUCUUUGGCAUGUUCCCAUGAUUCUUCCUCCAUUCAGCAAGAACGCGGCUGGUAAAUACAUCUGCGAGACAAAAAUUCGAAAUGUUGUUCUAAAGCGGGAAGUGACACUCAAUGUACAAGGUUAUUUUGAAGCCGUACUUGUCCAUAUUACGUUAAGUGAUAAUAUCGUCAACUUUGAUUCAUCCGCCGGGUUUUACUUGCUUGGUCAUGGCGAAGAGUAUGACGAGUUUAUAUUUGAAAGAAAAGAUUGGUUGACUGGGCAGUACGUACGCAGCUCAGCACGGACUGGGACCGGGCUGGCAAGUUCUCCAACAGUUCAGUACAUCGCUUUGUCUGGAAUUUAUGAUAGAUGCAGAUGUGCUCAAACUGGGGAACAUCGUUUUAGGGUCACGGUUAAUGGCACCACCACUGAGCACCCAUUUUCGAAACCACUGCGAUUGCGAGACCCAGAUCCUCCCACGUCUGUUACAGUAACAUACAACGGUACCAGCCGAGCUCUGGUGGAGUGGUACUCCCCCGGAUGUAAUGGGGGACCAGUAAGAGCAGUUCGUGUUUCAUUCUACCCUAAUGCUUCAAAUACUCCGACCCUCUUUGAAACAAAUAACCCGUCCUGGAACGCAAGCACUGGUAAAGGUUCUUUCAUUGUCCCUCAAAAUGGGUUUGCUCUGAAUGCUGAGUAUAAGUGGACAGUCGCUGUUCUCUAUGAUGAUGGAGAUGGGACGAUUUGGAGUCAGGAAAGUGCCGCUGUCUCGACAAAGAUCUCAGACGAAUUUGCUGUCAAAAUAUCAAUACAAGAUGGCAAUUCUUACGUGCUGCCUGGAAAUGAUGGUGCAUACCAUAUUCAACUCGAACAAAGUAUAAUACUUACUUGCACAGUAAUCUCCAAUACCCCACCUCAGAGAACAUGGAAUAAGCGUACAUAUCGAGGAAAUGAAUCAGUUAUAAGCGAGGAAUUUCAUCCAGAAUUUUCAUCAUCUGGCUUUGGAUGGACAAGUGUGAUAAAUAUUUCCAAGUUUGACUACGCGGACUCAGGCACUUACAGUUGCUUUGGUUCUGCGGGAAAUAAUCAAGGAGCUGACCACGCAACAUUAUAUGUGCAUGCAAGCGUCAAGGUUGUACAACAAUCUUUGAUGCCUCUUGGAGCGGCUUACAAUUCCACAUACAUAGCAGCAAUGAUUCUUCAAGGUUUUCCGAUCUAUAACGCCGAAAUUCAAAUACUUAAUGUGAGGACAGGAAACUACAUCAACUUCAGAGGAAGAAAAUCCGAGUUUACUGCAGAUGGUUACUUAAAACUGUCUGCCCAGUAUCCCUCUUUCAUGUGUUCAAAUACUGGACCUCAUCUCGUUGUUGUGGAACAAGCAGAUUACUCACGGUCAAGGUUUUCAUUCUCCUCACCAUUUAUUAUUACAGAUCCUGACCCUCCAAAAAUUAUUUCUGUGACGAGCGAGUCACAGUCAAAGAUAAAACUGACGUGGAGCGCUGGUCUAUGCAAUAUGUUCCCUCCUCAACAAAUCUACAUCACUGUGACGGAUGUAAUAAGUGGAACUACUCUCUAUCAAAACACUUCGAGUGCCAACAAUAGUUAUAACACCGAAUCUGGUGUCGGUAUUACGAUGGUUGAAAAAGGACCUGAGUUCAGCACAACAUUCAAAACACAGUGGAUCAUACGGGUGUCAUAUCCCGUAUGGAGUCAAGAUUCGCUUUCUUAUAAUGCUGUUUUAUCUGAUAACAUAACCAUCAGUUUUAAGUCAAAUACUUCGUCAAGUACAGCAACUGAGAGACGUCCAGUUGGUUAUCUUUUGAAAAGGAAUGAGACAGUGACCAUCACCUGUCAAAUCUUGGCUACGGAAACGUCAUCCACCUUCUUAUGGUACAAGAAAACGAUAGGAGAACCAUCGCAUUUGAACAACAGUAACAAACGGUCUUGGAUUGAAGGAGAAUAUCUGUAUGGUUCCAUAACUUUAUAUAACUUCGACUAUCACGAUUGUGGCGUGUACACUUGUCAAAUAAACUCUGGUGGGAUGUUUCAAGAAGGAAAAAUCCCUCUGACUGUGGAAGCGCCUAUUGUUGUGCAACAUGUAGAGAAUAAUUUGAGGUCAAAAGUACGACGUGGAAGACUAAAAACAAUCAAGGUUCUAUUUCUUGGCUAUCCCAGACCACAAAUUUACGCUGAAAGAUUGGAUCACCCAGACAGUUCAUGGAUGAACUAUACGGAUUAUCUAGGAGUGAUGAGUGAAGAUGUUUAUUGGAGGGUUAAGGUUGAACGUAACCUGACAUGUGCGGAUACUGGUCUUCUCCGUCUUGUUGUUUUGGAUGAGAAUGUGAAACAUUUUGUAAACUUGGUGGACCGUACACCAUUGAUAGAUCCUGAUCCACCGUCUAUCGUAUCAGUCGAGUAUCUUUCUUCAACUCGUGCAAAAAUUACGUGGAAAGCAAAACGAUGCAACUUCGCUGGCGUUAAGAAAAUAAGAAUCGAGCAAGCGGGAAGUGGCGUGGUCCUCUCAUUCAAUUCAACUAAUUGGGAUAACGAAACUGGAGUUGGUUAUCAGAUUGUAGAGAAUAUUACAGUUAUAGCGAAUGAAACCUAUUAUUGGAAUGUCAGUGUUAUAUAUGGUGAAGGUUCUGAUGAAGCCACAAGUCAACCAAGUCCACUGUUUGAAGCCGUUGUUGUUGAUACUAUUAAUGAAUGCCUGCAAAAUAGUUCUUGCGAUGUCAAUGCAGAAUGCAUAGAUAAAAUCGGUUCCUAUGAUUGUCGAUGUAAACCAGGAUUUUCCGGUGAUGGCCGGCUUUCGUGUUCAAAUAUUAAUGAAUGUUUAAACAACCCAUGUCAUACCAAUGCUAACUGUUCUGACAACGAAGGUUCUUUUGAAUGCAUUUGUAAUCCGGGAUUUUCUGGCAAUGGAGUAAAUUGUACAAACACUGAUGAAUGUUUAACGAAACCUUGUCAUGCAAAUGCCACUUGUACUGACAAAGAAAGUUCUUAUGAGUGCCGAUGUAAUGAUGGAUUUUCAGGAAAUGGGUUUAACUGUUCCAACAUCAAUGAAUGUUUGACUAACCCAUGCGAUGCAAAUGCCAAUUGUACUGACAACGAGGGUUCUUAUAAGUGUCAAUGCAAUGGUGGAUUUUCAGGAAAUGGAUUCAACUGUUCCAACAUCAAUGAAUGUUUGACUAACCCAUGCGAUGCAAAUGCCAAUUGUACUGACAACGAGGGCUCUUAUGAGUGUCGAUGCAAUGAUGGAUUUUCAGGAAAUGGAUUUAACUGUUCCGACAUCGAUGAAUGUUUAAACAACCCAUGCGAUGCAAAUGCCAGUUGUACAGACAACGAGGGUUCUUAUAAGUGUCAAUGCAAUGAUGGAUUUUAUGGAAAUGGAUUAAACUGUUCCAACAUCAAUGAAUGUUUGACUGACCCAUGCGAUGCAAAUGCCACUUGUACUGACAACGAGGGUUCUUAUCAGUGUGAAUGCAAUGGUGGAUUUUCAGGAAAUGGAUUCAACUGUUUCAACAUCAAUGAAUGUUUGACUGACCCAUGCGAUGCAAAUGCCACUUGUACUGACAACGAGGGUUCUUAUCAGUGUCAAUGCGAUGGUGGAUUUUCAGGAAAUGGAGUCAACUGUUCCAACAUGAAUGAAUGUUUGACUAACCCAUGCGAUGCAAAUGCAACUUGUACUGACAACGAGGGUUCUUAUCAGUGUCAAUGCAAUGGUGGAUUUUCAGGAAAUGGAUUCAACUGUUCCAACAUUGAUGAAUGUAUGACUAACCCAUGCGAUGCAAAUGCCACUUGUACUGACAACGAGGGUUCUUAUCAGUGUCAAUGCAAUGGUGGAUUUUCAGGAAAUGGAGUCAACUGUUCCAACAUGAAUGAAUGUUUGACUAACCCAUGCGAUGCAAAUGCAACUUGUACUGACAACGAGGGUUCUUAUCAGUGUCAAUGCAUUGGUGGAUUUACAGGAAAUGGAUUCAACUGUUCCAACAUUGAUGAAUGUAUGACUAACCCAUGCGAUGCAAAUGCCACUUGUACUGACAACGAGGGUUCUUAUCAGUGUCAAUGCAAUGGUGGAUUUUCAGGAAAUGGAUUCAACUGUUCCAACAUGAAUGAAUGUUUGACUAACCCAUGCGAUGCAAAUGCAACUUGUACUGACAACGAGGGUUCUUAUCAGUGUCAAUGCAAUGGUGGAUUUUCAGGAAAUGGAUUCAACUGUUCCAACAUCAAUGAAUGUUUGACUAACCCAUGCGAUGCAAAUGCCACUUGUACUGACAACGAGGGUUCUUAUCAGUGUCAAUGCAAUGGUGGAUUUUCAGGAAAUGGAUUCAACUGUUCCAACAUUGAUGAAUGUUUGACUAACCCAUGCGAUGCAAAUGCCACUUGUACUGACAACGAGGGUUCUUAUCAGUGUCAAUGCAAUGGUGGAUUUUCAGGAAAUGGAUUCAACUGUUCCAACAUGAAUGAAUGUUUGACUAACCCAUGCGAUGCAAAUGCCACUUGUACUGACAACGAGGGUUCUUAUCAGUGUCAAUGCAAUGGUGGAUUUUCAGGAAAUGGAUUCAACUGUUCCAACAUUGAUGAGUGUAUGACUAACCCGUGCGAUGCAAAUGCCACUUGUACUGACAACGAGGGUUCUUAUCAGUGUCAAUGCAAUGGUGGAUUUUCAGGAAGUGGAUUCAAUUGUUCCAACAUGAAUGAAUGUUUGACUAACCCAUGCGAUGCAAAUGCCACUUGUACUGACAACGAGGGUUCUUAUCAGUGUCAAUGCAAUGGUGGAUUUCAGGAAAUGGAUUCAACUGUUCCA